AUGCUCGGUCUCGUAGCAUACGACAGCAGUGAGGAUGAGGUAGAGACCAAGGUACCCAUAACACAGAGGAAGAGCUCCUUGUCGUUUCGUCCCAAGACGGUACAGCCAAAGGUGAUUUCAACUUUCAUUCACUUUUUGUACCAGUCUGUUACGAUCAAGGCUAACAUUUUAACUGCCCCAGACCUGCCAUCCAAUAUUAAUAUUCAAAUUCAACCCAAAUUGAGUGGUAGUGCAGAGGCCCCAAGUGGUCCUGUUUUAGGUCCCGCAGCUAUAGACCAAGCCCCGUCCCCAGAAGGCCCUUCCACAAGUGGCCGCUCUUCGCCUUUCUCAGCAUCUAGAGCUCUCAUUCAAAACUUGACACUCCCUUCAAUACCAAAUUUGGACAUUCCCGAGUCGCCCCCAGGAUCUCCAGAUCUAGCUGUGAAUGCCAAGUUCGAGCAUUUUCUCUCUCUGAAAAAACAAGGUGUACAUUUCAACGCGAAGCUGGCCAGCUCAUCUUCAUUGAAGAAUCCCAGCCUAUUGAUGAAAAUGAUGCAACACGCAGGGAUUGAUGAGGGGUGCCAGUACGAUACAUCAUUGCCAGAGGAGUUAUGGAGCACCUAUAACCUGCCCAAGUGGGGCUUCAAAGAAGAACUACUCAGGGCGCAACAAGUUCGACAGAACAUGGACGACAAAAAAGCAUCUGGUCAGAGAUCUUCCAUUGAAUUUGUCGCAGGCUCGUCUGCAAACCCUAGUCACUGA